AUGUUGCGAGAGGCAGCACCGACGUACACAAAAAAUACCGCCAGUGACUUCGCUAUGGAUCAGGGGUAUCCCAUCUACCUGUACGUCGCGAUUGUCAAGAAGACCAGACGCUUUUUGACGAAACCCGUCAAUUUAAUCGCUCACUGGGCAGUAUACAUUGAAGGCCACCUCUACGAGUUGAUCAGAAACGAUGAGGAAGCCGUGGCAAAGGGAGAAGAACCCAAGUACGGCACAAGACACCGAUCCUAUCAAGAGUGGUGGGAUCUCAUGCAAGAGCAAGACCGAAAGCCUCAACUAGUAGAUGGUGCUGUGGGUUAUACGUCUUGCGAAUGGUCGCCAGAUGAGAUCGACAACAUAGGUAAUACUCGUUCAAAAAGCAUAUACGAGGGUGACGAGCAAAACUGCCAGUCCUUCGUUCGUUUGCUUGUCGACAUGAUCGGAGACAGCAACACCCGAAGCCACCCUCAGUACCCUUCUUCCUUCGACAAACUGAUGCAAUCAACAUACCGCGGCUACUUGUGGACCUCUAUAGGGCUUGGCACUGCGGCGAUGGGUGCGGCUUUUCUGCUGCCGUUCGACGGGGGAAGUACUGCCACAUAUGUAGCCUGUGCAGCCAAUGUCACCCUUCAGAAUGCCAGAACUGGAGCCAAAGGCAGAUACGACAAGGAAAUGGCGGUAUGGGUAGCACAUCAAGAGCUGCGAGAGAAACUGCGACUGGAGGGAGUUUUCAAUUCUUAG